AUGGAAACUUACUCUGCCUCACUGUCCCCCGUUGUAUGUAACAGCACAACUUUUAACCUAAAUGGAUCACAUUUGUGUAACGAAAGCCUAUCUUCUAGGUUAGCUGAUAAAUCAGAACACCAACAAUAUGUUAUUGGUCUUUUCUUAUCAUGUCUUUACACAAUAUUCCUUUUUCCUAUUGGUUUUGUAGGAAACAUUCUGAUACUGGUUGUGAACAUAAGCUUUCGUGAAAAAAUGACCAUUCCAGACCUUUACUUCAUAAAUCUUGCCGUAGCCGAUCUCAUUUUAGUUGCCGAUUCUCUCAUUGAGGUUUUUAAUCUUGACGAAAAGUAUUAUGAUAUCACUAUUAUUUGUACCUUUAUGUCUUUGUUCCUUCAGAUCAACAUGUAUAGCAGCAUUUUCUUUCUGACAUGGAUGAGUUUUGACAGAUACCUAGCACUGGCAAAAGUAAUGAGGUCCAACAUAUUUCGCACUAUGCAACACGCUAGAUUAAGCUGUGGUCUCAUAUGGAUGGCGUCUAUUUCUGCAGCACUAGUCCCAUUUACAGCCGUGCAUUUACAGCACACCGGAGAGGUCUAUUUUUGUUUUGCAGAUGUAAAAGAAAUCCAGUGGCUAGAAAUAACCUUGGGGUUCAUUAUCCCCUUCGUGAUCAUCGGUCUUUGUUACUCAUUAAUUGUCCGAGUUCUCAUAAGAGCACACAAACACAGAAGUCUUCGGUUGCGGCGACAAAAGGCUCUUCGAAUGAUUUUUGUUGUUGUCUUGGUUUUCUUUAUCUGCUGGCUACCCGAAAACGUCUUCAUUAGCGUUCAACUCCUUCAAAUGAAAAGCGAGCCUGUCUCUUCGAGCAGCCCAUCCUUCAGACAUGAUUACCCUUUAACAGGACAUAUUGUGAACCUGGCAGCUUUUUCUAAUAGCUGUUUGAACCCCUUAAUUUACAGUUUUCUAGGGGAAACCUUCAGAGACAAACUGCGACUGUACAUUGAACAGAAAACCAAAAUGUCAACGUUACAUCGCUUUUGUCAGGCUGCAUUAACAUCUGUCAUUCCUGACAGUAACGAGCAAUCAGAAGUCUGA